AUCACCUGAAAAAUGUCAAUUUCCAACACGUUUAACAUUUUUUUUGUAUAUUUUACAAAAUGAUUUUAGUUAAUUAAGUAGAUUCAUAAUAUUACUCAAUUUUUUCACCAAUAUGAGCGCGGUACCAAUCUUGGCUGUUAGGAGCAGCUCCGGAAUUUGUGUGUGGUCUAACAACAAUGGAAAUUCAGAAAGUGGUAAUUAUAGUGAAUGCCAAGAUUUUGAUAAGGAAGUUAACAAAUCAUGCAAGGCUAUGGUAUUCAGCCCCAAUGGCAAAUAUUUUGCCUGGACAAACAGCACAAACGUUAAAGUGUGUUGCACCAGCGAUUGGAAGUUAAAAGUGGAAAUUCCUCGGACAAAAGUGUUAGAUCUAAAAUUUUCACCCAAAGAUACAUAUUUGAUGACAUAUGAAAUUUAUGCAACAAAUAAAACAAAUCCUCAAGGUUUUAAUAACUUAAAUGUAUUUCUGGUUGAAACAGGAGAGUUGGUGAUGUCAUUUGUGCAAAAGAAACAAACUGAAUGGGAACCGGAGUGGUCUGGAGAUGAGAGUAUAAUGGCAUUAAUGAAUGGUGGAGAAUUAUUUAUUUAUGAAAUAGAUAAAUGUGAGUUUGGAACAUCAUGGGAUGGAAAGCCAACCAAAAAAAUUGGGGGAGGUCGAAAUGGAAGAAUAAGCAUAUCACCAUCUAAUACUACAACCACUUUAGCUUUUUAUGUACCUGGUGCGCAAGCUCAGCCAUCGACUUGCAAAUUAUUUGCAUAUCCUAAUAUCAGUCAACCAGUAGCUUCAAAAAGCUUUUUCCAGGCUGACAGGGUUGAUUUUUUGUGGAAUAAUCGUGGAACAAAUCUACUUCUUCUAACAGCAACUGAUGUUGACCAAACUGGUGCUUCAUAUUAUGGAAAACAAUCUUUGCAGUAUAUGAGUUGCAAGGGUGAUACUGCUAUGGUUCAGUUGUCCAAAGAAGGGUCUGUUCAUGCAGUUGCAUGGAGUCCUAAGAAUAUAGAGUUUUGUGUUGUUUACGGUCAUAUGCCUGCUAAAGCUACAUUAUUCAAUCUUAAUUGUGAGCCGGUUUUUGAAUUUGGAACAGGACCUAGGAACUCUAUUUAUUACAAUCAAUUGGGAAACAUGCUCAUUUUGGCUGGGUUUGGUAAUUUGAGUGGUCGCAUAGAAGUAUGGGAUGCACAAGGUCGCAAACAAUUAGGUACUACUGAAGCCCCAUGUACAACAUUAUUGGAAUGGAGUCCUACAGGGCUUGUGUUUGUUACUGCCACAACUGCACCUAGACUACGCAUGUCUAAUGGAUUCAAAAUAUGGCAUUAUACAUGUGUGUUACUCCAUGAGACUAUGUGGCCUACAGGUGAAGAAUUAUUAAGUGUUUGUUGGCAAACAUUCCCAAGGGGCACUUUUAAAGAGUCAGUUUUAAAUAACACAAAAGUUCAGGGAAUUCAACCAAGUCAACCAAUAGCUAGUAAGCAGGCUUACAGACCUCCAUCAGCAAGAGAUCGGGUAGCUCCUGUUAAAUUUCAUAUUGAGGAAGCACCAGGAAUACCUGGUUCAGGACCCCCUUCAAAAGCAGCUAUUAAAUUAAAGAAGAAGAGAGAGGCUAAAAAAGCAAAAAAAGCCAAUGAGGGUGACGGUGAACAACCUACAUCUAGAGAAAGAACUGUAAAGCAAAAUUCAGAAGUAAAUUCAAAGCCAACAACUGGUGAUGCAGAAGUUGACAAAAAAAUUAAAAAUAUAAUGAAGAAACUGGAUGCAAUUGAAAAGUUGAAACAGCAGCAAUCUGAAGGAAAACCUUUAGAAAUAAAUCAAAUAGCAAAAAUUAAAACUGAACAAGAUUUACUCAAAGAACUACAAGCGUUGAAAAUUUAAGUAUUUUUGUAAUAUCACAAAAAAUUGAAGUAAUAGAAUCUAUUUUCUCUGCAACAAUUUCCAGAAUA